AUGGAUAACAACGUACGAGAUACAAAAAUGACCACCAGAAAAAGAGACCGAAGCGAAAUACUUUACACGUGCUCUUCUACGCUAUCGAUCAUUUCAAUUGUCUUAGUUUUUGCUCUGUUUGCGAGAAUAGAAACUGUCGCCCGGGACUUGAGGACAGCGGACACGAAAUUCUCGCUGCAAAUUCAGCAAAUCCGAGACGUUCUGAAAGAAAGUUCAGCCUCUUCCCGCGGGAGCGAAAACUUCGACACAUCAAAUGGUAAGGUGACUGAGAACUUACUCUGAAUUUUUUAGUUUUUAGACCAAAUUUUGUUAUUGUGUAUAUAUUCUCUUUUAUAAAAGCUAUAUAGUGUACGGUAUGUGUGUUUUUUGUCUGGACAUUGGAUAGAAGAACGAUAAGAUAACGAGCACGAUAAUUUUAUCACGCAUUUUAUUCAUGGGCGACUAAUGUAAUUGUUUAGUAUUAAUUCCUCAGUCGUUUAAAACUUAACAUCAAGACAGGCUCAUGUUUUUAUUAAUUUUGUCUACAGCCAUGCAAAAUUUUAUUAAUUAGGCUAGUAACUUUAAUCGCCAUAGAUAUAAUUUGGAGUGAAAUUUGGGGUCAAUAAGCACGAGUAAAUUUUUUAAAGACAACAAAAUUGCUCGCGCCGGUAGGGCAAGUUAAAGCGUGCGUGCGCUAUUUGUAAUUUGCAUUCGUCCUACAACUUUGCACUCGUGUUUCAUGAGAAUAUAUCCGUUUUCAGCGCGUUUUUUUUUUUUCAUGUAUAUUAUACAAACGGAGCAAGUAAUGAAUAACGAAGCCAAUCAGACUGCCGAAAUUAUAUUAGAACGCUUUUACAAGAUUUAUACUACAUUGAUAUGUUAGAUUCGUCCGUGAAAAGGCACAACAUCAACUAUCAAAGGUUCUCGUUCUAUCCAGAAGCAUCUGGGCUCGAGUGCGCACACUUUAAAAAUGUCUUUAGACUUUUGCAAAUCACCUGACCCAGAUUAUAUCGUCUGUUCCGAUGACUGAAUGCCGCAAUUCUUUUAACUCUUACAAAAUUAAUAAAGAAUAUGUCAAUAUUGAAUACAGCCAAAAUAUACUUGAAACACUAGUCAAUGAUUUUACUUUGUUUAUUUUAGCGAGCCGAUACAAAAUUUCGGUUGUUCGUCGCAGCGCGGAUACAGUUAACGGCAAUGAAUCGAUUAGGAACUAUGACAUUGGAGAGUCUAUCAAGAGAUACGUGCAAUCGAUUAUAAAAGGAUAUAUUUGUCAAAGUCCAGACAGGGUUUGCGUGGCAGGGUCCCCCGGACCAAUAGGAGCUCAUGGUCUUCCGGGAAAAAGAGGGCCUAAAGGAAUUAGGGGAAAGAAGGGAACGCGAGGAGUUGUGAGACCUCCAGGAGAACCGGGAAAGCAAGGCAUCAAGGGAGAUAUUGGCCCCAAAGGAGUCAAGGGAGAAAAAGGUAAACAAUAAGAUAACGAUAAUGAUCAUAAUAAUGACAACAGAAAAACUUAUUUUUUUGGAAAAAAAUAUGUGGUCAAAUACUAAUACAAUGUUAGUUCGAGAUGAUAAUUUAAUUAAAUGUGAUCUUGUUUCAUUUUACAACUAAUUCAUUUUCAUUGGUGUAUAUUUCCUUUCAUCAUUUCAUCGCAAAAUUGCUUAAUGCUGAGCGUGCGCUUUUUGAAGUUACCUUGAAGUUCUGUGUUUGUAUGGACUGUUUUUUACAAUGGUAUAAUAAUAAUAAAGCCGUUUUCAGCAUUGUUGUUAAGUUUACGUUACACGUAUGAUCUUUUAUAUGUCUCUGUCUAAAGGCGCGAUCUUUAAUGAUUAUUAUUUCAUUACCUCCUUUACCUGGCAACUCUUCUUUUCUCAGGAAACCCAGGGACACCUGGACAACCAGGAGCUAAAGGUGAACCAGGCGAGUCCCUAUCUGCACCAAAGGUGACUGUAUCACCAACUUCAGACACUGUUACUGAAAACCAAACUGCUACGUUUUAUUGCUCGGCUAAUGGCAAUCCAACGCCUACCGUCACCUGGAGUAAAACAGGUGAUACGGAACCAAUUGUAAGCCCACAUAAUAAGUUAGAAAUCACAAAAGCUACGUAUAAUGACUCGGGAAAUUAUGCUUGCACAGCUAAGAGCAUAUUGGGUGAGAUGCAAAAGCAGGUGAAGCUCCUUGUGGAAGGUAAGCAUAUUUUGCAGAAUGGAUUUUUUAACAGCCAGCAAUCGUGACCCUAAUGAGUUUAUAUUUGAUUUUUUUUUUUUUUUUGGUUGGUGUAACUCUUCACGGAAUGUUCGGAAAAGACUUCAUUCAAAAAGAUUCCUCAGAAAAAAGUUAUCUAACAUUUUCUCUUUUAACUUUCCUUAAAUUUUCCUUAGCCAUGUCUGUGUCAAAAAAAAAUACAGUCAAAAAUAUGUCAUUGUGCUUGUUUAAGAGAUAGGAUGGGCCAAGCUUACCCCAUUUAUGCCUGUGCUGGCACUAAUCACGUGCAUUAUUGAAUCGGUUCACAGUACAUUUAGCGGUAGCUUGAAGGAAGAGCUUUUAAAGUAACAAUUGUUACGCGUAAAUUUACUGAUUUUUCUGUGUGUUUGUUUGGGACAUAUUUACGCAUAAACGUUUCAUGCUAACCAUUUCCAAUUUAUUCAAGUUCUUUCGUUCUUGUAUUUCAACAAAUUGGAAAAGCCACAAUAGUUUUUGAAUUUCGAACUGUCACAUUUUGCUCGUUAUUUUGGUUUCGUUAUACACCUGUAUGUCGGUACUUUGAUGAACAUUUCUGUUGAAAUUGCAUGUAAACAUAGUGUCAGUGCUCUCCCUGGAAAUACAAUUAUAAGUUUUCAUGAUCUUUCUGGGAAAUCGAUUCUCAUGGAAGUUGGCAGCUGAGUUUGGGCUCGUAAGUUCGCUUUCCUUUCAUAGGAUAAUUGCUCGCCUUGCCGCUUUUUCAGAAAUUAUUAUUACGUCCCACUUUUAUUUUCUAAGCUGCUCUACCGCAAUUAAGAGAGGUGUUCAGAUGGCCUAGAGUCUAUUUAAUCCGUUCUUUAGUUUUGAAAUUAUUUCCCAAACAGAGGGAAUACUUAACUAGAAUCACUUAGCUUCAAAGAGACAUUUUCCGCUUCUUUUCGUAACCUUAUUCAGAUAUUUUAAAUUUAAGGAACAAUAUAGCCACGCGCUCGAUAGUACUUAGGAAGUAAAUUGUAAAGCUUUUUCGAUUACAUAGACGACUGCAAGCCGAUUACAUUGAUUACGAAGUUAGCUACGCCAGAGUUCAUAUCGGUUUUUUAACCUGAACUAGAAAAAACCUACUGUGGAACCAAACGCUGUCAUAUCCUUGACAUCCGUAAAAAGCUCGCUCGAAGCAGAUCUCCGUGUACCAGGGAAUCGUGACGAGUUUCCGUCGUCGCUGCCAAGUUGCCUCUACCGAGCUUAUUUUUCCCCGUUUUUGUACGUUUCCCAUGAAGUCUAGUUUGAGUGCGGAAAAAACUAUCGUCACACAGUUUAAAAAAAAGAAGCUUAUAGAUAGAAAUUAUCGAGCGUAAAAAGGAAAAAUCACACAAUCUUAAACGACAUCGACUAAAAAGGGUUCCUCGAGUCGUUGCUUUCAAAGUUUUACUUUGCAUCAACGGGUAACGGGCUUCGCGCGCGCUUUUAGCUGCAUCUUUUUUCCCUUCAAUGAAUUUUUUUAGAUUCCCCAGUUUAAAGGGGAUGAAUUGUUCACCAAAAUAGUGCAAGAAAAAACUCUAGUUCAUCGUACCCUCUUAGGAGCAUAAGAAAAUCGCACCUCUUUAGCUGGUCCAUUGAUUGAAAAUCAGUACUGUUUUAUCGGAAUGCGCGUGCGCUUAUUCGCCUGAUUAUGUAAUUUUGUGCGCGGUACAGGAUGCGCAGUACAAUACUAAGGAGUUACGGUAACUCUUUAUUCAUUAUAAUAAUAAGUUUGAUAAUAGUAAUCAUGAUAAUGGUAAUGAAAUAAAAUUUAUAACAAAUAAUUAUAAUAUGAUGAUAAUAAUUAUUUUAAAAAUAAUACUAACAACGAAGAUAAUAAAAAUGACACUAAUGAUGAAAAUAGUGCAGGUCUAUAUUUAUUUAUGGUCUAUAUUCUGUAUUUUUUCUCUUAUCGUUACUACAUUUAUAAUUUUGUUUGUUUUGUCUUAUGCAUUUGAUUUUACUACCUAGGACCUCUAGAACACUGAGUUUUUCAUUUGGAUUUCAGAUUAAAAUUUUGAAUGCUUAUUAAAUCAAUUUAAAACGUAGAAAGAAGGAGAUGCAAGUCGAAAAAAAAAUAUCCCGAUUCUCGAAUUAGUCCUCUAAGAAACUACACGAUCCUGGCAAGGGAGAAAAGCUUAUUAGUAAUCACAGUUUUGAAUAUAAAUGGCUGGAGAGCAUAAAAAAAGUAUUGCAUUUCCUUGGCAGUUUCGAUCCUCAAUGGACUUUUUUGUUUGUAUCUUUUUCCAUCUUAAAAUAAAGUAAGCCGAGAUUUUUUAAGAAUUGCUAAGUGAACUUAGAUAAAACAUUUUUUAUUUGUUUUCCUCAGCUCCUCCACGAUUUACCAAAAUUCCAAACAGAGUCAUUAGAGUCAAUAGAGGUAAAAAAGCAUCUGCCUCUUGCCAGGCGUUUGGUUUUCCGACGCCAAAAAUAGUUUGGUCAAGAGGACUUGUCCCGUUACCACAAGGUCGAACAAGUGUCAGUAAUGGAACCUUAGACAUAUCACACUUUGAUCCUAAAGAUUCUGGUACGUACCGAUGUACCGCGUCCAACAAGCUGGGAUCUAUCAGUGCUUUGACAACUCUUUAUUAUAUACACAGAGGU